AUGGUUUCUGGAAAGCGUGAUGAGUGCAGAUGCCCGGAUAAUGACAUCAUAGCAGACGCCAUAUUUGUUAUUCUGAUACUGAGACUAAUCGCAACUCUACUUUGACGGACGUAACCGUAACCGGAUUCUGCCAAUAAAGGAACGACCAUGUCAGGAGUACCAGGUGGCCCGCCUACAGCGCGGGAGCAGAGCAAACGUCUGCAGCAGACACAAGCACAAGUUGAUGAGGUUGUAGACAUCAUGAGAGUAAAUGUGGAUAAAGUCUUGGAGCGUGAUCAGAAAAUCUCUGAAUUAGACGAUAGAGCAGAUGCACUUCAGGCUGGAGCUUCACAAUUUGAAGCCAGUGCUGGCAAGUUGAAACGAAAAUAUUGGUGGAAAAACUGUAAAAUGUGGCUUAUUCUUAUUGGUGUUAUUGUUGUGAUAAUUAUCAUUAUUGUUGUGUGGGUGGUCAGCAGCACAAAGUCUAGUGGUGGUGGAGGUGGCGAUACACCUACAGCUGCUCCUUCUGGUACAACAACUAUUACCCCAGUGAGAGACCAGAAUUCACCUUAAGGACCAAUCGUUCCAUAACCAGAGCCCUUAAUAUGGGAGUUGGAACUGUGGGAUAUAGGAUUCUCUUUCUGGCUGGUGUGAUUAAAGGCCAUCAUUCUUGGUAUCACCAAACAAUUACAGUUCUUUUCCUUGAGGAAAGUAACAUUUUAUUUCUUCCCCUUUUGUUUCUUUUUCCCCAUGUUGCUCAUUUCCACAAUCAGCCAUUUCUUCUUGCUAAUGAUAUCAAGCUGUUGUUUUGUUUAAAUUUUAUCAGGCCUGGUAGUUCUUCAGAACAUGUAAUUGUCCAUCUGUUUCAAUGCUGAAAACUUACAGUUGUUGGUGAGAUAAGAUGUUAGGAUGAUGUUCCAUAAGAUCUCUUUUAAAUAGGCUUCUGCUGAAACCUUUAAAUACUUUUGUACUUUACUUUUAUUGUCACACUCUGAUGUUAUUGCUAACCAGAGUGUUUCUGGGGUUUUGUUUAUUGCAAGAUAAUAAUUCCCCCAAAUCUGAGCAUUUAUACCCUUCUUGUUUGCAAUGUCCAUGUCUUCAGAUGUCAGCAUUCUCAUUCACCAAAAAAUGUCAAAACUGCAAAAUCAUUUUAGUAUAAGGCUGUGGUUACUAGCUGCAGCCAGUUAGCUGGAAGGAUAAAUAUAGCCCUCUACUAUAACGAGGUCACAGUUAUAAACUCUUUGAUCAUGGGAUAGUCUGUUUUAUGGCUUGGAUAUUGUGAAUGGGCGUUACUACCAUCAGCUCAAAUUCUGAUAAUGAUGAUCUUGUAGUGAACCCAGCUGUCAUAAAGAAGAAAAAGUACUUUAGAAACCCGAAGUCUCCAUGCAUAUUCUUUAUUGUCACUCCUUCCAUCAUUUAGUAUGAUAGUUCAAUGCUGCACUUUGUUAGGUAUUCACCUGUAUUUUUCCCCCUUAAUUUUAGAUUUGAGAUUUGUGUGCAUCGGUAUCCUUAGUGAUCAUGCAUUUCACCAUUAUCACACCACAGUCUCAUCAGAUUUGCCAUUUAUGGAUUUGGGUUAAGGUACAGUAUCAGACUUUUUAUUGAUUAAAUUCCAUGUUGGCUUUUUGCAUUUUCACACAUGUGUCAUCAGAAUCUCCAGCAGGGGUGUACUGUUGUUAGCAUUGCACAUAAAUCAAUAACAGUUUAGUUUAGACAGUUUUCCUCCACUUGUGUUUAUAAUCCCAUAAGCACAUAACAGAGAGGCCUGCACAUGCUAACUGUUCUUAUCAAGAGUAGAUGUAUUGUUGAAUUGGGUACACAAUAUAUUAACAUGUUAUUUGACCUGUACUGUGAAUGGCUUAAUGUCCAUUAGAAUAUCUUAAGUUGUCACAAAAUGUGAAUAGUUCCCUGUUUUAGAGCCAAGGCUGCUUUCUUUGAGCCUUCAUGAUGGCAGUACAACUUGGGGAUACAAACUUGGUUGGGGAAAUUCGGUAAUAAUUUGGGAAGGGUGUGUAGGUCAUUGUGUUAAUUGGGAUCACUUUCACUCUCAUGCUAAAAGACAGCAAUGGUUGCAUUGGUGUUGCACUUUAAAAGAAAUUUUUAUUUUGUUAAUACAUUGUUUGGUAAUUAUGUAAUUUUUAGAAAUCUUUUCACUUUGUUCUUGGUCGUGAAUGUUUUUUUUUCCUAUAAACUAUUGAGUUAGCUUUUGUCAUGUACAAAAUAUUGAAUCCACCAUUGAUAUAAAAUUUUCUCUUGCAAAAGAACAAGUUAGUAUGGCUAUUUUUAUUUGUUACAGCAGUAAUUGUUUAUCGAAGAAAAAACUUGCAGUGCAAUAAAGAGUGUGUGUGUGUUGAAGUGUUCAAAAAAUGAAGUUCAGCUGUUUUAAAAGUUCUAAGGGGUAAAACAGAGAAAAGGGUCUCAUUUAGUGGGGAAAGAGAGUCAUUGCUUCCCCUCCACAUUCUGAAUAACAGAUUUUUUGACCGAUUAUUAUUUAUUUUAUUGAUGUUUACAGACCUCUUAGAACAACACUGUGAGAGCCUCAAAUUGCAGUUGCACCUCUGUAAUAAGUAGAGAGUUCUCUUUUUAAGUUAUGGUGCUUAAUUCUUUUAGUAGUAGUAGCUGAUUGAAUUUCACCUCCAUUACAGUAUCAAUAGAUUGAUAACAAAUGUCCCACCUACCAUUAAAGUAAGACUUUAAAUCACCAGGCCUAUAAUAAUACAAGUUUGUUGGUCUUUAAGAUUUAAAUUUCUGGGAUAGUAGUCUUGUGGCAGAGCCUUGACCACUUCAUCCAAUUAUAAAAAAGGAAAAGGGGAGUGGUGUUUAUCUCUAUCUGUAACCACUUUGUUGAAUUAAAUUAUAAUUUUCAAAUGUUAUAUUUUCCGGUAGCAUCAAGUUAUUUUGAAAGUGUCAUAGUGAUACUGAUAGCAGCUUCCAGUUCACAUAUUUUACACUUGAUGGACUGUUGGUGUCUUUAUGACUGUAGUAACAGAACAGCAAGACUAUGAUGUGUUUCGAUACGAACAAGCUACAGCUUGUGAACAUAGUGACUUGAUUUUUCAGUUUAUAGUGAUUCAGCUGUUUUCUUACACCCAUUAUUCAGCUCUGCAUUAGGCUUACCUUCAUGUAUAGUGUUUGUUUAUAGUUAUUCCUAGCUGACCAAACGGCACAAUUACUAUUUCCUUGCAUUAGUUUUUUUUUUUUUCACUUUCUCCAAAAAUUGUGCAUGUUUGCUUACAGCAUUCUUUAGAUAAUGCAGAAUAUAUAAAGUGUGGACACAGUAAUUUUAGAUGGACAGCAUGGACAACACUUUGUUUGCGAAUCUCUACUGGCUUAAUUGCCUCUUUUUCAAAUUACAGGAAAGUUAUUGUUUACAUUCCUUUUAUCAGUACAUGUAAAUCUAUGAACCGUCAUACGUCUUAGAUUUAUGGCAAGUCUUUUUCAAAUGGUCCUGGAAAGAGCUGUUACGACUAAUACCAAGAGAUGCAUUUGUCAUCAUUUUUUGAUUGUGUUUUUUAUUCCCAUGUUUUCUUAUCCAUUUUGCAUCUUUCAUGUUGAUACUGUCUGCUGAUUGCAUAAAGAUGAAGCUGAUAUUUGUUUCCACAAGAGUUAUGCCUUCAGAAAAAUAUCUAUUACAAGCAUCUGUACCAAAAAUGAUAGCGAAAGAGAGAAAAAUCUGUGAAAAGACAGCAUGAAAAUAAUUGUUAAUAAUGGUUGAUUUCCAUGAAAAGUAGUUUACUAUUUUGUUAAUCCUAUGUUUUUGUGGUUUUAAGUUUUGCUAAAAAAUCCCCUCAACCGCCAUUUAAAAACAAGAAUUACUGAACAUUUUUUUAGUUUGAAGUUUCUCUUGGACAAGUCUUUGAUUAUUAAAGGGAAAAUUAGUUUAAGUUGUUUUUAUCUACAAUGUCCUGUUUGUUGGCUUUAGCAAAUAAUAUGCUGCCCAUGUUUUAACCUCCAAUACCACAUCUAAUCAUUUGAUGCCACACAUGCAUAUGUAAAUUUCUGCUGUGCUUCAAUUUUCUGCACUAACCAUUAUUGGUGAACAUGUAAGUGUAAUAUUUCUUUAUAUAGAGUUUUGCAUGCAGGUGUGAGAUUUGGCUACUGUGGCACAGGUGUAUAUUUAUUACAAGUGAUGUGGAGAUUUUUUUUUUGUGGGGUUGGGGGGAGGGAAUAAUAGGGGGAAGUGUUGCGUCAUGGUUGUAUUUACUCUUCUAGAUACCUUGAUAUCAGAGUUCUAUGGACUCCUAUUCCCUACUUUCCCUUUCAGUUUCUCUGUCAUAUCUUCUACCUUAAAUGUUUAUUUAUUCCCCUUUAUGUAGCUUACAUGUGCAGAGACGUCACAUUAAUAAUACAGUUUCAUAUAUGUACUAUAAUUUGUAAAUUGUCGAUGUAUGGAAUAAAAAGUAAACUAGGAGAA